CCUGGAAAGGACGCAGCAGCUUGCUAAAGGCGCCGUUUAAAGAGAGAAAGCGAGAAACAAAUAAAGAGAGGAAAAAGAAAGAGGGAGGGAAGGAGAGCAGUCGUUCUCUCCCGCUCGCCGCCACCUUUCUGCCAUAAAAAAAAUCCCCUUGGGAUGGAUGCUGAACUGAUCGUUCUUGCGCGUUCUCCUCUGCUAGUCUACUAGUGCCGCUCCGUAGUGGAGUAGUAUUUGCCAAGCCUCCGCUAAGCUUUCUUUCCUCUCUUCAUGCCUGACUCCAGUGAAUCAAUCAUAGAGCAGAGUGUGCCCGUGGCCGUGGGCGUGAGAAAGGGGAGAAAGAGUGUGUGCCAAAGGUAGCUUCUUUUUGAGAGGAGCCAAAUUCCAUUCGUUGAGCGGUAGUACUAGGAUAGUGUGGAAUUAGCUAGAGCAGCAGCAGCCCAACAUUUCUUUCUCCCUCCCUCUCCCCCCUGCUUUUUCCCUUGACCGAGCGAUCGAUUCUUCCUUCCCUGUGAAGGAGCGUUCUUGGUUCUUGCCCUUAUUGGACCAAAAAAAGGAUCGAUCGAAUUUCGUCCUUUUGAACUGGAAGUUUCUUGGAGCGUGUGUCGUGGUUGACGGUGUGGGUGAGUCUGAGUGAGGUGAAGUGAGGAGUUUGGUUUUCUUGGGAGGAGAAAAAGGAGACGGAAGAUGGCAGCGGCGCCGCCGCCUAAGGCCGACGAGCUGCAGCCGCACCCGCCGAAGGAGCAGCUGCCCGCCGUCUCCUUCUGCAUCACCAGCCCGCCGCCAUGGCCUGAGGCCAUUAUACUAGGAUUCCAACAUUUCAUUGUUAUGUUGGGCACCACUGUCAUCAUACCUAGCGCGCUUGUUCCUCAGAUGGGAGGAGGAAAUGAAGAGAAAGCUCGGGUAGUUCAGACGAUACUGUUAGUUGCUGGAAUAAACACCCUGUUCCAAACAUUCUUUGGGACUCGUCUUCCUGUUGUAAUGGGCGGCUCAUAUGUUUUUGUCGCACCGACCAUCUCAAUCAUCUUGGCUGGACGUUACAGCAAUGAAACAGACCCUCGCGAGAAAUUCUUGCGGACAAUGAGAGGAACACAAGGUGCUCUCAUCAUUGCAUCAACAAUUCAGAUCAUACUUGGUUUCAGUGGGCUCUGGCGCAAUGUAGUUAGAUUGUUAAGUCCAUUGUCUGCAGUUCCUCUGGUUUCACUUGUUGGAUUUGGGCUUUACGAGCUUGGCUUUCCAGGGGUAGCCAAAUGUGUCGAAGUUGGCCUUCCAGAACUCAUUCUGCUGGUUGCAUUUUCUCAGUAUUUGCCUCAAGUUCUGCAUUUCGGAAAGCCUGUCUUUGGCCGGUUUGGUGUUCUUUUCACUGUAUCAAUCGUGUGGCUUUACGCAUACAUUCUCACUAUUAGUGGUGCUUACAAGAAUGCUCGACCAAAGACACAGGUGCAUUGCCGUGUUGAUCGUUCAGGUCUCAUUUCAGGAGCUCCUUGGAUAAGUGUUCCUUAUCCCUUUCAGUGGGGUGCUCCAACAUUUGAUGCCGGAGAAGCUUUUGCAAUGAUGAUGACUUCAUUCAUUGCUCUUGUAGAGUCAACGGGUGCCUUCAUAUCUGCAUCAAGGUAUGCGAGUGCGACUAUGAUCCCUCCAUCAAUUAUUAGUCGGGGCAUUGGGUGGCAGGGCAUUGGUAUCUUGCUUGAUUCAUUUUUUGGGACAGCCAACGGAACCUCAGUUUCAGUGGAGAAUGUUGGUUUACUUGCUUUGACACAUGUUGGCAGUCGGAGAGUAGUGCAGAUAUCUGCUGGCUUCAUGAUUUUCUUCUCUGUCCUUGGAAAAUUUGGAGCUCUGUUCGCGUCGAUUCCGCUGCCCAUAUUUGCUGGCAUGUACUGUAUUUUCUUCGCAUAUGUUGGCGCCGUUGGCCUGAGCUUCCUUCAGUUCUGCAACCUAAACAGCUUCAGGACCAAGUUCAUCAUGGGUUUCGCUUUCUUCAUGGGCUUAUCAGUUCCUCAGUACUUCAACGAGUAUACAGCUGUGGCAGGUUACGGUCCAGUGCACACUGGUGCCAGAUGGUUCAACGACAUGAUAAACAUACCAUUCUCGUCGAAGCCAUUCGUCGCGGGGCUAGUGGCCUACAUCCUGGACAACACCAUCCAGACGAAGGAUAACACGGUGAGGAAGGACAGAGGCUACCACUGGUGGGACAAGUUCAGGAGCUUCAAGAAAGACGCCAGAAGCGAAGAGUUCUACUCGCUGCCGUUCAAUCUGAACAAGUUCUUCCCUUCUGUCUGAUCUGGAUGGCGCCGCGGAUCCCUUUCGUGAACCCUUGUUCAUAUGCUGAACAUAAUCCUGCUGUCCUUGCCUGUGGAAGCUUUCUGUGUCGCAAUUUUGUGUAUUUUCAGGCUAAAUGGAGUAACUGGACAGUAGAGAUGGGAUUAGGAUUGAAUAUCGUGUUCUUUUUCAGAUCUACACGGAUCAAUGUCUGAUAAUCUGGUAGUCCCUUUUGUCAAGCUGGCAAUGUACAUCUAGAAUGAUAAUUAAUGUAUCAUAAUUGUUGGUAAUUUGUUCCC